AAGGAGAAGAAGCUGUACAGUAGUGGAGAUUCUCUGGUUCUACAGCUGGAGUGUUUUUGGGGGGUUUGGUUCCACAUCUCUGGAGGAACAGGAUCAGCUGAUCUAUAGAAGAACAAAUGCUGUCCUGGUCCAAGUGUCCUGAUCCUAGAAACAACUUUUCUACUUGGUUGAUGUUCAUCUUCACAAACAACCAAUCAGGCGAUUCCACAAAGAUCUGUAAUGUAAUACCUGCAAUAGAUGUUUGCUACAUCUCUCAGAAAAAUGAAGCCAGACCAGGAGAAAGCUCACCUCUGUUCAGAGUGUAAGAAGAGUUUUAAUCAUCUAAGUGAUCUCAAAAAACACCAGCGCAUUCACACAGGAGAGAAACCGUAUCAGUGCUCAGUCUGUGGGAAGAGUUUUAAUACACAGAGUAAUCUCAACGCACACCGGCGCAUUCACACUGGAGAAAAACCAUAUCACUGCUUAGAGUGCGGGAAGAGUUUUACUAAACAGAGUAAUCUCAACAUACACCAACGCAUUCACACUGGAGAGAAACCGUAUCACUGCUCAGACUGUGGGAAUAGUUUUAAUCAACUGAGUUAUCUCAUCGCACACCAGCGCAUUCACACUGGAGAGAGACCAUAUUCCUGCCCAGAAUGUAAUAAUUCUUUUACUACACAGAGUGGCCUCAAAGAACACCAGCGCAUUCACACUGGAGAGAAACCGUAUCAGUGCUCAGAAUGUGGGAAGAGUUUUAUUAAUCAAAGACAUCUCAAAAGACAUCAGCUUAUUCACACGGGAGAGAAACCAUAUUUCUGCUCAGACUGUGGAAAGGGUUUUAAUCGACUGGGUAAUCUCAUCACGCACCAGCACGUUCACACUGGAGAGAAACCGUAUUACUGCUUAGAAUGUAAGAAUUCUUUUACUACAAAGAGUGCUCUCAAAGAACACCAGCGCAUUCACACAGGAGAGAAACCGUAUCAAUGCUCAGAGUGUGGAAAGAGGUUUAUUCAGCAGAGUAAUCUCAAAGCACACCAGCGCAUUCACACUGGAGAGAAACCGUAUCAGUGCUCAGAAUGUAAGAACUGUUUUACUUCACAAAGUUACCUCAAACAACACCAGAACAUUCACACUGGAGAGAAACCGUAUCACUGCUCAGACUGUGGAAAAUGUUUUAAUCUACUGAGUACUCUCAACAAACAUCAACGCAUUCACACAGGAGAGAAACCGUAUCCCUGCACAGAGUGUGGAAAGAGUUUUAAACAACCGAGUCAUCUCAACACACACCUUCGCAAUCACACGGGAGAGAACCCGUUUUAUUGUCCAGAAUGCGGGAAGAGUUUCCCUUAUCAGAGUGAUCUCAAUGUACACCAGCGCAUUCACACAGGAUAGAAACCGUAUUACUGUUCAGAUUGUAAGAUACGCUUGAGGCAUUCACCAACAUUUAAGAAACACAAGUGCGUUCAGAGCAGUGACACAAAAUGACCACACAACACUGUUAGUAUGGAUUGUUUUGCAAAUGUAUAUUAGACCUUUUAUUGUGUAGUCACUUUAGCUGUGUUACAAGGCCUUGAGAUGUUGUGCUGAAGGACAUUAUCAGACAUUAUCAACUGAGAGCUUGGUUAUAAUUUAUUUGACCAAAUCUGGUAGUUUCCCUGACAGCACAGAACAUUGAAUAAAACAUAAUUUAAGGUUAAUGAUGAAAAAGACAGCUUUAAAACAACCUUUAUUUAACAUUGGCUAUUAGGCAUCAGUUAGUGUUGAAAUUCUGAUAUUGAAUCAUUGUAUUUAAAGAUAUUUAAAGAUUUUGUUUGGUUGGGACUCUUCUACGCUCACAAUGCUUUUUGGUGAAUGGUGCUUCCUACAAAUAAUGAUAUUAAUAAUUAUAAUUUAAAUGUCCUUUUCUACAUGGCAAGACAACCGUACAGUUUAUAAAAAUAGAAUACCAAUAAAUAGUAAAUAGUAUAAAUAGUAUAUAGAUAUUUAUGUUGUUUCAACGCAUUAGCUGUGUAAAAAUGAACAUUGAUUGAGUUAACAUCCUUUUGAUAUUUGAGUUAGGAGAGGGACACCCACACAAAGGUGCUCUCAAAACUAAUCUCUCUCUCAUUUUUUUUUUUAACUGUGUUGUAAAUGUGUUUUGCCUUGUUGAUAAAACAAUUACAUUUACUUUGUUUUGUUCCUAAUGUUUUCCUAACACGUAUCUGUAAUGCUGACACAAUGCUAAUAUAUUUUACAUUUUAAACUUGGAUUUGUGGUCGUCUUUUCAUGGCAAUUUUUACUUUUUGAGAUUUUAACAGUAAUUCAUUAGGAUUGGGAGUUUUUGUACCCAAUAUUCGCAUUGUGUUCCAGACUCUCAGUAGAGCUCCAUUUGGGAGAUAUGGUGAAUCCAAUCAGUAAAUGUGUAAUUGUUUAUGGCAAGCCAUUUUUACAUUUGUCUGUGUA